UUGUUAUGUACAAGUGGAGUACAAAGGUUUAACUCACAAUAUGGCUGUUGUAGUAACUCCUGGUGAUCGUCAACCAUUGUUAGGCUUACAAGCAUGUGAGGAAUUGAAGCUUGUAAAGAGAGUCCUGAAUGUCAAAACAGAAUCAAAGUAUGCAAUAGUAGAUGACUAUGAAGACGUGUUUGAAGGGUUAGGAUGUGUUCCUGGAAAGCAUCAUAUCACGCUAAAAGAACAUGCUCAACCUGUACAACAUGCAUGUCGAAAAAUUCCAUUUCCACUGCGAAAUCAGCUCAAGGAUGAGCUAGAUAAAAUGGAACGACUUAAAGUUAUCACACCAGUGGAUGAACCAAGUGAUUGGGUGUCGUCGCUCGUGGUGGUGAUGAAGAAAAACAAUCAGCUUCGAGUAUGUCUCGAUCCAAGAGAUCUAAAUAGGUCCAUAAAAAGAGAGCACUACCAGUUACCAUCAAGAGAUGAAAUAACAGCACAGUUUGCAGGAGCUAAGUACUUCAGCAAAUUUGAUGCGUCCUCAGGUUUCUGGCAGAUAGAGCUAGAUGAGGAAAGCUCAAGGCUAUGUACUUUCAUAACGCCAUUUGGGAGAUACAGAUUUCUCAGGUUACCAUUUGGGGUCUGCAGUGCUCCAGAAGUGUUCCACAAGAUUGUGCAUAAUUUGUUCGCACACAUACCUGGUGUCAACACAAUGAUGGAUGUCAUAGUAGUAUGGGGGUCAACCCAACAGGAACAUGACACCAGACUGAAACAGGUCCUUGACAUAGCUCAGGAAGCAAAUCUCAAACUCAACAGAGACAAAUGUGAGUUCAAUGUGAGCCAAAUGACAUUCAUUGGCGAUGUGAUCAGUGGAUUUGAACAAGGUGUUCAACCUGAUCCAAAGAAGGUUGCAGCCAUAUUGAACAUGGAAAGACCACAGAACAAGCAAGAUGUUCAAAGGUUCUUAGGUAUGAUUAACUACCAAGGAAAGUUCAUACCAGAUCUAUCCACAAAGUGAGCCUCGCUGAGAAGUCUUCUUGAGAAAAGAAAUAAGUGGAUGUGGCAAGAUGCACAAGAAAAAGCUUGGUGUCAACUCAAGGAAGCUCUGACACAAGAACCAGUGCUCAAUUUCUAUGACAGCACAAA